AUGGCAAAAAUUGGGGAUAAACCCAAGCUGAAGAAGCAGCGUACAUCACGUCACCAUUCCGAAUCGGAACCAGAAGAACGUGAAGAAUCGGAAUCGGAAUUGGAAGAGAAGCCUAAGCAGCAGCCAAUCAAGCAGCAGUCUAACACAGUUGCUGAAUCCGAAUCCGAAUCCGAAUCCGAAUCCGAAUCAGAGUCCGAGUCCGACUCCGAGUCCGAUUCCGACUUGUUGAAGCCGAUGAGUAGAGAAAGUAUGAAUGUUAUUUUGAUGGAUGAUAAGGAAUGGAAGAAGCUUUUGGUUGAUGAGACUGAGGCCUACAUCAGGUAUCAAAACGCCAAGACUGCAAGGGCAAACCAUCUUCUUAGCCUCAUCAAACGAUCCACCUAG